CUUGUCUCUUCUCCUCUCCCCUCUCCUCUCCUCUCUCCUAUCCUCUCCUUUCACUUCACGUGUGUAGGGACAGUUUGAAUUAUUUCCUAAACGGCCCCUCAUAGAUUGUCUUGGCAGAAUCAGGGCAAUGGAAGCUCCGUAAAGGAGUUUUUCACCAUGAGGCGCCGCAGUUGUCAGGGAAAGCUGUCACCGUUCGAAACAUUGCUUAGAGACUCGGCAGUCACCAAUGAACAUACCUGCUUAAUUUGUACAUGUCUGGCGUUUCAAACCAAAGGAUUUAUGACAAACUUCGCAAACUUCUCUUGCUGUUUAUUUCACAAAUGCCAGGAGCUCUCCAACAAUGUGCCGGCUGGUUUGUGAAUGAUUAAAUACAAGUUUCCUUCCAUGGUUGUCAGGGCAACCUUCACUGACAAGCUGACGGUGGAGUACAACAGAAACGCUAGCGGACUUGUUUUUUUAUUUGCUAAAAUUAUGCAUGCAGCCUGCAGACUGUUUAAUAGUUAAGACUCUUCUUGGUCUAUUCUAAGAAUACGCUCUAACAAUAAUGACAACACUUCCAAGUGUUGAACCGAAAGCUCCUGUCCAGUGUGAACCACGGGCAGGUGGUAACGAGCGCACACUAAGUUACCUAGGUCGACUAGAUGGAUGUGCGAAGCGAAACGGACCCGGGGUUCAGAAAUGGUCUGACGGAUCCAAAUAUGAAGGGGAAUUUCUCAAAGAUUUAAAGCACGGCUCAGGAACAUUCACCUGGGCAAACGGAGAGUUUUACCAGGGCACAUUCUACAAAGAUUAUCGUCAUGGCAAAGGGACCUAUACCUGGCGGGGAGGCCACAAGUUUGUUGGGAAGUUCUAUUUGAACAGAAAGGAGGGCUAUGGGCUGCAAGUCUUCCCUGACGGAUCCACAUUCCAGGGCCUGUACCAUGCAGACGAGCGCUUUGGUCCAGGGGUCAUGACCUACCCGGACGGCCGUCAGGACGUGGGUCUGUGGCACCGGGAGAGGCUCCUCCGCCUCUGCACCUCCCUGGAGGGUGGCUUCACCCUCCGAGACUUCCCUGAGCACUACAUUCCCCUCUCUGUCGCCAAGGCUGAGCCCUGGAACCAGAAUCCGUACCACGCCCUCUCGCUCUUGCGGGACGAGCGCUUCAUUCUGCCCCCAGACAUCGAGUGCUACUCCACGGACUCGGACCACCUGCCCAUCCCCUGGGGCCUGCGCAGGGAGCUGGACCACAUGUUCUUCGGAGAGAACUGCGAAGGGCCGGACACCGACCCGGCGGCCAUCGCUGCUCUCCCCCUGCAGCGGCGCAUGCUGGCCCACAUCCACAAGCACAGGUUCGAAGCAGAGGGGCGGGACUGGGACGUCCAGGCCGUCCUAUCAGAGAACAGGGAGCGCUUCGGCCCCAAGGGCCCUCUGGAGGUUCGUUCCGAGCGCCUCAUUCAGGAGGCGUUGCUAGGCAACCCCCAGAGCGUCUACCACAUCCUGAGAGACAAGAAGGUUCACCCCGAUGUGGGCGAUGCCCGAGGGCAUACUGCGCUCAUCGCUGCCACGAUGAACAGCCACAAGGAUGUCAUUCACCUGCUGCUGGACAGUGGAGCGGACAUCAACAAGCUGAACAGGGAGGGCAUGUCCGCCCUGGCCGUGUGUAACAUUCUCUACUACCCCAUCCAGUCGCUGCACCGCACCGUGGCUGAGAGGGACCCCCUGAGGCCUCCGCUCAAGUCCCAGGUAAACAAGUUGCAGUCCUGGUCCCAGUCCUGCCCAGUGGAGAGAAAAGCCCUCCUAGACAAGACCUCAGAACCCAGAUCGAAGACCAGAACACCACACGAUCACGAGGACCAACAGGCUGCCGGCAGAAGUCCGGACGACCACAACCACCAGGACCGUGCUGAGGAGGAGCAUGCUGGCCAGGAUAAUGACGCUCCUGGACCAGGGACAGGUCCGGACAGCGAAGGGUCCGGAGAGAUAGACCAGAGCUUCUAUAGUGACCAAUAUGAGAAGGAUAGCCAGGAUUCACCGGACACUAGCGUCAUGGAGGAGACAGAGGAGAGAGAGAAUCUGGAGGAGGAUGGAGAGGAGAGAGAGAACAGGGACGAGAGAGAGGACGAUGAUGAAAAGGAUGAGGAGGAUCCCGAAAGAGAGGAUGAGGAGGAGAGCGAGGCGGCGGGGCAUGGACAGGAGGGUGAGGAGCGAGAGAUGAGGCAGACGGGAGAGGAGGAAGGGGAGGAGGAAGGGGAGGAGGGAGGGGAGAGCGAGGAGAACACUGUUCAGGUUCUGGACAGAGUCUUCCCUGUGGGCUCCGUGUCCUGGAGAGAGGGGGCCAGGUCCCUGGAGGUCGGGGGGAGCCAGGGAGCCAGCGUGACCGAGCACCAGACCUUCAACUCGGCCCGCUCGGUCGCCAGUUUCCCCAUCCUGGUCUCAGAGGAAGUGAUGCAGCAGACUGCCGAGGCCUUGAGCCGGACGGGCCUGGUGUCAUCGGUCGAUACUGAUCCUCAGGAGACAGUCCGCAAGAUGGCGCUGAUCAAGGCAGAGCACCGAGCCCGGUGGGCCACCAUGACGCUGCUGCUGGACCGGGGGGCGGACCCCAAUGCCUCCAGGGUCCCAAUGCCCGUCCUGUUUCUGGCCACCAAGGCAGGCGACAUCGAGGGCGUUCGUAGACUUUUAGAGUGUGGAGCACGCACUGACAUAGCCCUGCCCCCAGAGCAAAACGGCCUGUACCCGCUGCACAUCGCCGCGGCGUUGCCGGGGGCGGAGGGUCCCAGGAUCACCGAGCUGCUGCUCCACGCCGUGGCCAAUCCCGACGUGCGAGCCCAGGACGAACACGAGGUCUUCCACCUGUCCGUCAUCUCCUCCAGCCUCCCCUCCUAUUUCCACUCUGCCUCCCGGGAAGCCCCUGCCGAGGGGGGCAGGACAGCCCUCCAUGUGGCCUGUCAGAGGGACAGCGACUACACCAACGCCAGAGAGGUGGUGUCUCUGCUCCUGUCGCACAAGGCCGGCACCCACCUCCUCUGGAGCGGCCACUCCCCGCUCUCCCUGGCCAUCGCCAGCGGCAACGACCUGGCCCUGGAUGAGCUGCUGGCAGGGGGGGCAGACCCAAACCUGCCCCUCACCCGCAGGGUGGGCAGUGCCCUGUGUGCCAUGACCAACAUCCACUACGACUGUGGAGCUCAUCCCCGCAACAGAACCAAGCUGCUGGAGAAGCUGAUGAAGGCAGGGGCCAACAUCAUGAUGCCCGUGGUGGUGGGUGAGGGCCGCAGGUUAGCCAUGGGCACCGCCGUGGACUACACCCACUACACAUUCCAACAGGACUGGCGCAUCGCCCACACCCCGUACCACGCCCUGAACCCGCGCGAGCGCGAGGCCUACAACGCCCGGAGGCAGACGCUCAGCCUGAUGGGAGAUCUGCUGAGGCAGGCCGUGGUGCGGCUGGAACGCCAACGCCUCGACAGGGAAGGUGUCAGUCCAACAGAUAUGUUUGUGUACCCUGGAGCAGGUGUCUCAGUCCCCCAGUUGAGGGCUGGCAGAAUGGAGGAGCAGCCUAGCACAGACUCCAUACAGCCCGAAGACUACAGGCUGGCCACUAGGAGAGACAGCAGGACGCAGAACGUCAGGAAGUCUCUGUUCAAGUACUGCUACCAGUGCGGGCGCUCGGUGGGCGUGACCCUGGGCGCGUGCAGCCGGUGCCACGAGGUGUUCUACUGCAGCAAGACCUGCAAGAUGAAGGCGUGGAACGAGCGCCACAAGGAGGAGUGCGUCCGCGUCUCAGGCAACAAACGCCUGAGCCUGGCGCAGAAAGUUCUGGAGACACACGAGCACUUGAAAGAGAACUACAGCUUCAUUUGAUCCCCCGACGCCACCGACACCACUUACAGAUUAUAUUAAAGCUCGAUGGGCGUAUUUC